AUGAAAAAAAGUUCGAUUGCUACCAGUUCAAAACCACGAUCUAUCGCUGUCGGUGAUUUUAACAAUGACCAUUAUUUAGAUAUAGCUGUAGCAAACUCUGGUACCAAUACUAUAGGAAUAUUUUUUUUACACGAUAAUGAAACGUUUGCAAGUCAAAAAACAUAUUCAACCGGAAUUGGUUCUCGCCCUAGUUCACUUGUUACAAAUGAUUUCAAUAACGAUAAUUAUUUAGAUAUAGCUGUUGCUAAUUAUGGUUCUAACAGCAUUGGAAUAUUUUUAGGAAAUAAUAAUGGAACAUUUAGUAAUCAAAAUGUACUUUCGCUUGAUUCAUCACGUCCAAUUUUUAUUAGUAUCGGUGAUUUCAAUAAUGAUAAUAAAAUGGAUAUUGCUGUAGCUAACAAUAGUACUGAUACUAUUGGAAUUCUUCUUGGAAAUGGUGACGGAAGUUUUCAAAAGCAAAUAAUUUAUUCUACUGGUUAUGAUUCUCGUCCACAAUCAUUAGCGAUUGGAGAUUUCAACAAUGAUAAUAAUCUAGAUGUAGCUGUAGCUAAUUAUGGCACAAGUAAUAUUGGCAUUUUUCUCGGAUGUGGCGAUGGAAAAUUUCACAGUCAAAACACUUAUGCAAAUACUCUGCACUCGAAUCCAUCUUCUAUUGUUGUUGGAGAUUUAAAUAAUGAUAAUCAUCUUGAUAUACUGGUCGCACAUUCUAGCACUGGUGACAUUGGUAUAUUUUUUGGUUACGAGAAUGGUACAUUUGCAAAACAAACUACAUUCUCAAUAAGCUCCCAUUCUUAUCCAGAAUAUAUUACCGUCGGCUAUUUUGAUAAAGACAAGCAACUCGAUGCUGUUGUUGUUGAUUCACACAACAAUCACAUACAUGUUCUACUGAAAUAUGAUAACGAAACAUUUACUAAAACAGCUACAUAUGACGGUGUACCAGGAUCACAUCCGUCUUUUGUAGCUGUAGCAGACUUUAAUUAUGACAAUGAAUCAGAUGUUGCCAUAGCCAACUAUGGUACUAAUAAUGUACUCAUACUUAGUAAACAUGUAAUAAAACCAUUAACAAGACAGAAGAAUUAUUUUAUUGGAAAGGAUUCUCGGUCGUCUUCAAUUUUUGUUUAUGACUUUAACAAUGAUGAUCGAUUCGAUCUAUUGGUAAAUAAUUUUAACAAUGAUAGUUUAGUUUUACUCAUCGGUAAUAAUAAUGGAACUUUUACACGAGAAACAACAUAUUUCACUGGACAUGAAUCAGCUCCAAAACAAUUAUGUGUUGGUGAUUUAAAUAAUGAUAAUCGAAUAGAUAUUAUCACUGCUAAUUAUGGCUCAGACAGUAUAGGUAUUCUUCUUGGACAAGACCGUGGAACAUUUUCCAAUGUGAAAACUUAUUCUACAGGUCAUGGUUCUAAACCGUGGUCGGUGGCUGUUGGAGAUUUUAAUAAUGAUAGUCGAUUAGAUGUUGUCACUGCCAAUAAUGGAUUCGGCGGCUUAAGUAUUCUUUUUGGAGACAGUAAUGAAACUUUUACAAAUGUAACAAUAUGUUUUACUGAUAUUAUGCGUAAGCCGCUAUCGGUAGUUGUUGGCUAUGUCAAUAAUGAUAUGCACUUGGACAUUAUCACCGCUAUUUGCAGUUCUGAUGAUAUUGCUGUCCUUCUUGGGCAGGGUGAUGGCACUUUUGCUACAGUACAAAAGUACUUUCUUGGUGAUUUAUCUUGUCCCAAUGGUAUCAGUCUUGUUGAUUUGAAUAAUGAUAGUUAUAUGGAUGUUAUUGUUUCAACUUUAAAUGGCGGUUUUGUUGGUAUUCUCUUUGGGUACGGUGAUGGAACGUUUUCAGACGUUACACUUUAUUUAACGGGUUCUACUUCUUCACAUUAUUCCAUCGCUGUUGCUGAUUUCAAUCAUGAUCAUCAUUACGAUUUCGUCGUUAAUAAUAUUGCGAAUGAUGAAGUAAUUAUCUUUUAUGGAUAUGGUAAUGGUAAUUUUCAUCGUGCAAAGACGUAUUCAAUUGGUUUUGGUUCGCGUCCGUAUGCAGUUACUACUGUUAAAUUGAAGAACAAAAACACAACAAAUAUUAUUGUUACUCUCUGGGGUACAGGAAAUCUUGCUGUUUUAACUGAAUACGACGCUGUAUACUUCGCUAAUCGAAAAAAAUAUUCAACUGGUUCGGCUCCACAACCAUAUUCUAUAACUAUCGGUAAUUUCAGAGAUAACAAUCAUGUAGACAUAGCCGUUGUCAAUUCAGGGCAUGAUACUUUAGAUGUCCUUUUUAAUUCAGGUAACAGUUCAUUUGAAACUCAACUAACACUAUCUAUCGGUGCUGAUCAUUAUCCACUAUAUGUUACUACUGGUGAUAUCAACAAAGAUGAUCAUUUAGACAUAGUUACUAUCAAUUCUAAGAAUAAUAGUAUUAGCGUAAUUUUGGGACACGGAAAUGGAAGUUUUGAAACGCCAAAGAUGUAUUCAACGGAGGAUGGCUCAUAUCCAUUGGCAGUUGCUAUCAAUGAUAUCAAUGGCGAUAAUAGAUCGGAUUUAGUUAUUGCUAAUACCAAUAGAGAUAAUAUUGGCAUACUUUUUCGAUAUAAUUACACAUUAUUUAAAAGUGAAAAUAAAUACUUCAGUCGUAAUGAACGAAGACCAUUAAGCAUUUUAACUAGUGACUUCAAUAAUGAUACAUAUCUAGAUAUUGCUGUUACUUUUUAUUACAGUCAUACAAUAGGUAUUCUACUCGGACAUGGUAAUGGAACGUUUGGUAUUAUGAUGAUUCAUGCAUUGAAAAAUGGUUCAAAACCUGAAUCUUUAGUUGCUCAUGACUUUAACAACGAUGGACGAUUGGAUAUAAUCGUCGUGAAUGCAGGUACUGAUGAUUUAGUUAUUCUUCUUGGGUGUGGUAAUGGAAGUUUCACGACCACAAAAAGAUUGUCGACUGGAGAGAAUUCAAAUCCAAUAGCAAUCAUCUUAGCCGAUAUAAAUAAAGAUGGUCGGACAGAUAUUGUAGUGGUAAAUCAUGCUCACGACACUAUAGGAGUUCUAUUUGGAUAUGGCAAUUUAACUUUUAGUACCUUGUACAGUUAUUCAACUGGAAUCGAUUCGGGCCCAAAAUCUAUUGCUGCUGGUGAUUUCAAUAGUGACGGCCGAAUUGAUAUUGCUGUCGGUAAUUAUGGUACUAGCAGUAUCAGUAUAUUUUUAGGCAAUGAAAAGGAAAGUUUUAUCACUCAAAUGAACUAUUCAACUGGUUAUCAAUCUUGGCCUGCUUGUAUCACUGUUGGAGACUUCAACGGAGACAAUCAACUUGAUUUUGCCGUUAGUAACCAUAAUUUGAAUGAUGUUGGCAUUUUUUUAGGAUACGGAAAUGGUAGUUUUGCUCCUAUUACGACAUACUCUACUGGACACGGUUCUUCUCCACGAUUUCUUGAUACUGGUGAUUUUAAUAAUGAUGGUAAACUAGAUAUAGCUGUUGCUAAUUACGGAACUAACAAUAUUGUUGUACUUUUUGGAUACGGAGAUGGAACUUUUCUAUUAGGAAUCGCAUAUCGAACUGGCAUCGGAUCUUCACCGUGCGGAUUAGCUAUUGGCGAUUUUAACAAGGACAGUAUAUUAGAUAUUGCUGUUGCAAAUUAUAAAUCAAAUGAUAUAAGUAUUUUUCUUGCGCAUGGAACCGAUCUCUAUGCUGGCGUAACAUCACAUAGUAUGGGCGAUGGUGCGCAUCCAAUAUCAAUCGCUAUUGAUGAUCUGAAUAACGAUGGUCUAGCAGAUAUUGCCGUAGCUAAUUAUGGUACUGACAAUGUAGGUAUUUUACUUGGAUCUGGUCAUAGAAAUUUUGACUCUGUCAUACCAUAUUCAACUGGAAUUGGCUCUGGUCCAUAUUCUCUUUCCAUAGCUGAUUUUAAUAAUGACUAUCGGCUGGACAUUGUUGUUGCGAAUUCUAAAACGAAUACUAUUGCUAUUCUUACCAACAUUGGUAAUGGUAUGUUCGUAACUAACAUGCUUUAUUCAACUGGUUCGGGUUCUCAACCGUACGCAGUUGUCAUAAAUGAUUUCAAUAAUGAUGGCAUAUCAGAUAUUGCUGUUGCAAAUGCAGGUACUAACAAUAUCGUUCUAUUUUAUGGAUACGGUGAUGGAUAUUUCGGAAAUAAAAUAUUCUACGCACUAGGCUUUCGAUAUCAACCUUAUUCAAUUGCAGUCGCAGAUUUAAAUCAAGACGGUUGGUUGGAUAUUGUGAUUGCAUGUCACGGUACAGAUCAUGUAGAAAUGUUAAUAAAAAUGUGCUAG